AGCGUUGCGGCGCGGCGUCGUGGCUGCACUUGUGACGACAUGGCGACAAAGUAUCAUGUUGUUACGUUCGUAAAUUCUAAAAGUGAGAAUGAAACUAAGUAUGCCUUCGUGCCGGAAUCGUGGGUGAAAGUUCAUCGUCUGACGGAUAACACGGCUGUGAUCGUUUACCCCAGCGAGGACUCAUCGAUUGAAGAGCGAGUUAGGAAGAAUGAGAUACCAGCGGCGGACUGGAAGCGGCAUUUGUGCGAGAUUGUAUCUAGUACUAAUGAUGUCAACGAAGCAGUUCUUUCCACGUUGCGGUACACAAGCCUAGGAUCAGCCUCAGUAAAUAAAGGUGUCAAAGCGAAUAAACAUAAAUCAAACACUAUAGACUUGAAUAAGGAACUGUCGAGCAGUAAGAAGCCUCGUAUCACAUCUCAAGUUCAAAACAAUAGAACACCAAGCGAAGGACCCAUGGGAUCUUCUACACCUAUAGCUAAAAAUAAUACAACCAAUACUGAAAAAAAUGUACACGAAAAUACAAGUUUAAUAAAAUCACUUGCAUUUUCUAACCCUAAAAAUAAUAAGAACCCGCAAAAUGAAAUUAUAUCCAAUGAAAAAGAAGACAGACACCAUAUUUAG